AUGAACCAACUAGAGUUUUGCAAAGCUUCUGCUAGAAGUACAGAUCCAAAGGACUCAACAUGGUCCCGGAGUUAUGCCAAGGGACACAAGACUGAACCCAGGAUAGAAUCAGUACGAAUAAGUACAACGGAGGUAAUAUAUACCAUCCUGAUCGCUGGUGAAUUGACUAUAGGAAUUUGGGAAAAUGGAUUUAUUGUACUGGUUAAUUGCACUGGCUGGCUCAAAAGGAGAGAUACCUCCAUGACUGACAUUAUCUUGGUGAGCUUAGCCAUCUCCAGAAUCUGUUUGUUUGUGAUAUCUUUAGAUGGCGUUAUUAUAUGUAUCUCCCGGGAUAAAUAUGCCGGUAGCAAGCUGAUGAGCAUUGUGGAUGUUUUCUGGACACUUAGCAAUCAUUCAAGUGUCUGGUUUACUUCUUGCCUCAGCAUCUUCUAUUUACUGAAGAUAGCCAAUAUAUCCCACCCGUUUUUCCUCUGGUUGAAACUAAAGAUUAACAAAGUCGUCCUGGGGAUUUUUCUGAUGUCCUUCCUUACCUGUAUAAUUAUUAGUGUUUCAUUGAAUGAGGACUUCUGGGAUCCCUUCAAAGGCAAUCAUAAGGAAAACAUAACUUGGGAAUUCAAAGUGAGUAAAAUCCCAAGUGCUUUCAAACUGGUUAUCCUGAACCUGGGGGCUAUCAUUCCCUUUGUUCUUUGCCUAACCUCAUUUCUCUUGUUACUUUUCUUCCUAUUUAAACACACCAAGCAGAUGAAACUUUAUGCCACAGGGUCCAGAGACCCCAGCACAGAGGCCCACAUGAGGGCCAUAAAGGCAGUGAUCAUCUUUCUGCUUCUCUUCAUUAUGUACUAUGCAGCCUUUCUUGUAGUAACCUCUAGCUUACUGAUUCCUCAGGGAAAAUUAGUGGUGAUGUUUGGUGGUAUGAUAGCUGUCAUUUUCCCAUCAAGCCAUUUGUUCAUCCUGAUAAUGGGGAACAGCAAACUGAGGGAGGCUUUUCUUAAAGUGCUAAGGAUUGUGAAGUGUUUCCACAAAAGAAGGAAACCUUUCGUUCCACAGAGAAUCCUGAAUACAAGGAGAAAGAAAUCAACAAAAGACCUUUGCUCUUCUCCCAAUUGA